AUGGCUUUGAUGCCUAUAAAAUUUGACUUGGCCAAGCGAGUCAAGCUGGCCCAAGGACUUUGGCUCCUGUACUGGCUCUCCGUCAUGGCUGGGGUCCUCAUCUUCAGCAUGGGGAUUUUCUUCAAGAUUGAGCUGCGCAAAAGAAGCGAGAUGAUGGAUAACAAUGAGAGCCAUUUUGUGCCCAACCUGCUCAUUUUGGUUGGAAUCGUGACCUGUGUUGUCAACGCAUUUGGGGGCAAAGUGUGCCAUGACUCCCUUGACACAAUCAAGUUCACCAAGUGGAAACCAAUGUUGAAGACCUACAUGAGUGGAUGUGUGGUUUUCUGCAUCGCCCUUUUUGUCACGGCUCUGCUCUGUUUCUUGAUGCAGAUCUCUCUGCAUUUCGCCCUGGCUGAAGGCCUGAAGAAUGGAAUGAAGUACUACAAAGAUACAGACACGCCAGGACGAUGCUUCAUGAAAAGAACCCUAGAUAUGACCCAGAUUGAGUUCCGCUGCUGUGGUAACAACAACUACAAAGAUUGGUUUGAGAUCCAGUGGAUAAGCAACCGCUACCUGGACUUCAGCAAUGAUGAGGUUAAAGACCGUGUCCAGAGCAACGUGGAAGGCAAAUACUUGAUGGAAAGCGUUCCCUUCAGCUGUUGCAACCCUGGUUCUCCUCGUCCAUGUAUCCAACAUCACCUGACCAACAACUCCGCUCACUACAGCUACGACCACCACACUGAGGACCUGAACAUCUGGACCAGAGGCUGCCGUGAGGCCCUGGUGUCCUACUAUGGGGGCAUGAUGAACAGUAUUGGUGCUUUCGUGCUGCUCUUCAUUAUUAUGCAGGCUGUAGUGACGGUUGGUCUGCAGUACCUGAACACCUCGCUGGACACCCUGGCCGACCCAGAGAAUCCUGAGAGCGAAAGUGAGGGAUGGCUGCUGGAAAAGAGCGUGAAGGAGACAUUUUCUGACAUCAUGACAAAGAUCACGUCGCUGUUUAAAGGCAAUCAGGUACAGGAGGGAGAUGCAGAAGCGGCUCCCACAUAA